CUUUUGCAUGCUGACACCACUAGCGAAUAAUCACGAGCAUGUGGGCUGCUGGGUUGAUUAUGGGCUGUCCAGGUCGAGGUUGAAUGUGCCGAUGUCAUCGCCGGCCAGCGACAAGUCCACGUCGUCACUGCCCAGGGCUGCACUGGACUGGACUGGACUGGACUGGACUGACAGACUGGGCCGGCAGAACCCCCCACAGCGCAUCCAUGGAUGCACCUCGACCUGCUGCUGCUGCAAGGUGGUCCACCGCCGGCGCCUUCUCCCCCAGCCGAGCCCAGCCCAGCAGCCGCAACCACUCGUCCUCAGACUCCACGUCAACCACUCGUGCCCACUUGCUCCUCUUCGCGAUCGCAACACCUGCUGCCCCUGAGGUUGCUCACUCUCCCCUUCAACAACCACAGCCUCUCGCAAAGGUACGUCGCGCCCUCCCUCUCUGCAAAACCCUCGCCCUGUCUCUCGUCCCAUCCCCGCAUCUCGUUCCUCCAGGCCCUGCGGUCUCCCGGAGCCUGCCUCGGCACCCGCAUCCCCUCAGUGCGCGGCCCCUCGCUUCCGACCGCAACGCCAAUCCUGUCACUUGCCUCGAGGGAACCGUCUCUCGGGCUAGCUUUCCUCCUCCUCCUGCUUCUCUCCUCAGCUGCCCGUUUCUCGGUUCCCUGCACAGCAUGCAUCAGAACCUGACUCUAGACCCCGGACUUCGCUGACCGUCACAGCUCGCUGCUCGUGUGCGCUGCUCCAACACCUGUCCAACUGCGAAAUACGGGCUCCGGCUUGCGACACGUUACACCAUAGAUCGAAAUUUUCUUCUGAACGACCAACAUGUCUGUCGAAAUCGACCCCCAGGAGCUUGGCUUCCACCGGCCUUUCACCGUUGAGGUCAAGGAAGCCCUCAGUAUCAAGAAUC